GAAAACGGCGUCAUCUAUUUUUCAUGCUAUGUUUUUUUUAUAGGAAGCGAGGCAAGAUGAUGAACCAGAUGUCGCUGGAAACGUUGCAACUCUUUUCAACACAAUGAGCAUGUUUUUAGCUUCUGUUUCGGAGCUCAUACAGUUGAUAAACGACAUUGCCACGACUCCGGAAAAUUUCCGCCCGAAUUCAACUGAGGCCAACACAGAGCUGCCAUUUGUGAUCAUAGAGACUGAAGACCUUGUGCAGGAAACCUCAACCGUCACAACAAAAAAACCCAUCGAGCACAUGAACAUCGGAGGGCUUUCGGUGGACUACAUUUCGGAUUCCCAGGUGAUUUAUGAAGACGAUGGCAACGCUUUCCAACCGCACAACGCCGUUGUUUUCGACUUUCAAGACGACCAAGAUCGAAAACGAGCCGAAGAUGAAGAAGACAUCAUCAACAGAGUGCAAAACAUCGUCGCUUCAGCACAAAAUCAAUCUUCUUUCCGAAGCAAAAGAAAAAAUUUGAGAGAAUAAAAGGCAUUCGAAUUUUCAUUCCGCGGCUCAAACAUUGAAAAACCAUGUGAAAUUUGCAAACGGCAUUCUGAAAAAUACAUUCUCAAAAACGUUUCACUAUAAAA